CCAUCUUUUCCUCUCCAACAUUGCAUGAAAUUUCCUCUCCUUUAAUCAGAAAUCCAACUUCUGAUUUUUUUUUCUUUUUGCAGAUUAUAUUGUUUCUCCAAAAUCCAAUCCAAUAUCAAGCCCCUCGUUUCAUAAAAAACCCAAAUCUCAAAUCCAUCAAAAAGAGUAAGAAAAAGAAAAAAAGGAGAAAAAAAAAUCCCUUUUUUUCACUCCUCUUAUGGAAAUUGCAGUGAGAAGAAGCUCUUGAGUGUCUGAUUGCUCCGAGAGAAUGGCUGGAAUAGCUCUUUUAUUGGAUUUACUGAAGAAAAAUCCCAGCUUCGCAAGCCAAUCCCUGCACUCUUACGGGCUAUUCUCGGCGACCGUAGCUGCUUCUGCUGCCGCUGCGUCCGUCGCAGCGGGAAGGCCUUUCGCUUCAAGAUUCUUGUUUGGUGACGGCGGAAUCUCAACAGCCUUUUGUGAUGCUGCCCCUGCCCCGGCAUGGACUGAAGAUUAUGUUACUAAUCUACGCAGUGCUUCUGAAAAUAUCUUUCAACACGAUUCCCUCAAAUACAGUACGAAGGAAUAUCCUAUAGAGCUAAAACCUCUAUUCUCAGCUUUCGGACCAAAGUCUCUUGCACUGACAUCACUGAGGUCCUUCUUAAUGUUUUAUCUGCCUCUCCUGGAACCUCGCACACACAUGGAAGAUGACGACGACGACGAUUUCCUACAAGAUGAAUCGGAAGAGAGGCCACCUGUCAAUUUGGUUGUUCCCUUCAAAAAGUCGGUGAAGCAAAUAGUCCGGGAGACUACUGUUGUAACGACUAGACGGGUGCUGGAAAGACUUGUUGUCCAUUACAUUUCCCAUCGGAUGGCAUGGAAGCUUCUUAAAGAUGUUCCUAAAUCAGCUAAGCGAAAGGCUGAAAGGGGGAUGCCGACUUCAUUAUUCUUCUUUAAUGUCAGCAAGACGACUUUCAGAGGACAUCUGUUAGGAGUUGCUGCAUCUUGGAUCGUCCAAGUUGGAAUUGAGAUAUAUCGUUGUUUUAAGAAUGUGGAUGAGAACGAGGAAGAGGUUGAUAAAGCUGAAAAACUCGAGCUUCUCAGGAGAAAGGUCUCUGGUGCAACUAUUAGGUGCGGUGCAUCAUUGGUUUUUGCAUCCAUUGGAGCCGGAAUCGGUGCUAUCCUCAUCCGUCCUUCAACUGGACAGUGGAUUGGUUGUGCUGUUGGAGACUUAGUGGGGCCUAUCAUUGUUGGAGUUUGUUUCGAGAAGGUUCUUCAUUGGGACCUUUAAAGCUCUUAGGCCAAUCUUCCGACGUAUUUCCUAUUCAUGUUUUUGUUUUCAACAAACCAUAUUGGAAUGCGCUCACGACAUAUCACAAAAGGUCUAGAGCCUCUGAUCUAAUAAUCCUGUGAUACUGUUUUUUUUUUUUCUUUUCUUUUCUCUUCUUUUCUUUUUCCCUUGGAAUUUGUUUAGAAAACAGCUGCUCCCAAUUAAAAAGAGAAGGGCUAUCAGAAUCUAACUCAAACCGGUGCUUGGAGAAGAGAAAGAAGUUUCAAAUGUCCAAAUGAGCUCUGGGGGAACUCCAUGGUAAGUUUCUUCAUUUCUUCCUUCUGUUCUUUACUCAUCUGAGCGCAAGUGUCUUCUUCAGAACCGUGUGAUUGUUCUUCUGGAAGAAUGAAACAAUGAAAACAACGACAAAAGACAGAUUACUCCCAAGA